GGCCGGGGCGGGCUGGGCUGCGCCUGUCAGCGGGGCGGCGGGAUGGCGGCGCUCUACGCCUGUACCAAGUGCCACCAGCGCUUCCCUUUCGAGGCGCUCAGCCAGGGCCAGCAACUCUGCAAGGAGUGCCGGAUUGCGCAUCCCAUUGUCAAAUGCACUUACUGCAGGACUGAAUUCCAGCAGGAAAGCAAAACCAACACAAUAUGCAAGAAGUGUGCUCAGAACGUGAAGCUCUACGGAACGCCCAAACCCUGCCAGUACUGCAACAUCAUAGCAGCCUUUAUUGGAAACAAGUGCCAGCGUUGCACAAACUCGGAAAAGAAGUAUGGCCCUCCUCACUCCUGUGAGCAGUGCAAGCAGCAGUGCGCGUUUGACCGCAAGGAUGACAGAAAGAAGGUGGAUGGCAAGCUGCUGUGCUGGUUGUGCACCCUGUCCUAUAAACGGGUCCUACAGAAGACCAAAGAGCAGUGCAAACACCUGAGCAGCUCUUCCCGGGCCAGCCUGCAAGAGAAGGAACAGUACAGCAGGCUCAGCAGUGGCAGCCACUAUAACAGCCAGAAAACCUUAUCCACCUCUUCUAUUCAGAACGAAAUCCCAAAGAAGAAAGCCAAGUUUGAUGCCAUAUCUGCCAAUGGUGACAGCGUUCCUUCCUCUCCCGAGAUGCUUUGUCCCCCUACCCAGAGUGCCCCGUCCACGUUGGCUUCCCAACAGAGUCUCGGUGCCCACCAUUGUCCUGUUUCUCACGGCACUGACAUCCUGAAUUUUUCUCCGGACCUCGCCCUGGACUCUCCUGGCACUGACCACUUUGUUAUCAUUGCCCAGCUGAAGGAGGAAGUGGCUACUUUAAAAAAGAUGCUGCACCAGAAAGAUCAGAUGAUUUUGGAGAAGGAGAAGAAGAUCACAGAGCUGAAAGCUGACCUGCAGUACCAGGAGUCGCAGAUGAGGGCAAAGAUGAACCAAAUGGAGAAGACACACAAGGAGGUCAUGGAGCAGUUGCAGGCCAAGAACAGAGAACUCCUGAAGCAAGCAGCUGCCCUGUCCAAGGGCAAAAAACCUGAGAAGUCGGGAGCAAUAACCUCCCCUUAAAACCAAACCUUCCCCCUCAACCCCUCCCCGCCCCAAAUCUGGGAGCUUUUCCUUAGCCAAGGAGUCUGGGAGAGACCUGCCCCAUCGCUGGAAGCCAAAAACCUUGGUGUUGUCACUGUCCUGCUGCCCUGGACCAGAUGGAAACACCUGGGGUGUGGUUGCCUUUGGACAGAACCCUCGAGCGUGGCUGCUUUCCGUCUCCGUCCCACGGUGAUCCACGGGGAGAGGUCCCAAGCCAUCCUAAAAAGAAAAAAAAAAAGACCAACCCCAGUCCUUGAAGUACUGCUUUCUGGAAGGGUUUUUUUUUCCUAACCAGUUACCACCACUGCCAACCAGGAACCUGCUGCAUUUUAAGACUUCUUACUGGUUCCCAACCUGCUGCUGGGAGGCCGUGGCCAGUCCUUACGCAGAUCGGUCAGGAGCUGCGGGCGGUGGGAGCUUGAUUUGUGGGUGGUUUUUUGUUUUUUUGUUGGUUUUUUCCCCCCCUUGAACUCUUCCCUCUUCAAAAGAGAAGCCGAUAAAUCACCAGCCCAACAGAUGUUACUGGGAGGUUGUGCCACUGCUGAGAACGGUUCAUCCAGCUUUUUGAAGAUGCUUCCAAAAUGGGGGCUACGUAUUUAUCUUGGAAGAUUUUUUUGGGUUUGUUUCUUUUUUUUUUCUUUUUUUUUUUUUUUUUCUCCUUUUCUAUGUCAACUUGGCAAACUGAACUGCCUGGGUUUGUGUUUUCUUGUUUUGUUCUGGUAGCUUUUGGGUUGGAAGCCAGAGUGUAAUGAUACAGACCCAAAUUUUACCCCGUAUCCUGUGCUCCCCCCCCCCAUGUCCUGGUUACUCGGUGGCCUCUGGGGCUUUGAUGGCUUCUGCAGCGUGGUGUGAGGGAGCAUCUCUUCCUCCUGUUUCUUUACACGAGGAGAGAUUCAAGGCUUGGAUGUUCCCUCUGCUCCCCUCAGCCCCUGGAUGGAGCUCACCCUCCUCUCCCCCUUUCCCUGCCCCACAGCCCCCUCCCCGAUGCAGAAGUGGGGGCCGGGUUGGCUCCAGGAAAGCGCUUUACUCAGGCAGUGACCCAAGCCAGGGGGUGAUUUUUGGGGCUCUCCAGGGACAUUUCUCACUGCUGAUUGCAAACCAGCAGAAUAAAAGGGCUACGGAAGUUCCCUGUAACAGGGAUGUGCUUCUGGGAAACAGCACAGAGACCGCAGACCCCUCCAGCUCCCCGGGCUCCUCUCCUGGGCUUUUGGGGGGCUGGAUAAAAAAAAAGCACUUGGCCAGUGUGGAGCAGAAAGCACGGCUCAGCUCCUCACCAGCCCCACACCCAGCUCCACUAUGGGGAGGGGGGAAAGAGCUCAGGGUUUGGAGACCCCCGGGGUGCAGGAGUAGGAGAUAAAACCUUUGGAGCGGCGCUGACAGUAGGUAGCAAGAGGAGAAAUCAUCUUUUUUGAUGCAGGGCUGGCUGCUCUGUCAGGGUUUUUAUUAAGCUUUUAACUAGAGAUUGUGAUUUUUUUAUAUAUUUUUUUUUUUUCAUCCUUUUUCUCUUUUUUUUUUUUUUGUUACUAAAGAUGAUUUUAUUCAAAGGCACUUUUUUUUUUUUUUGGAUGAUGUUGGCUUCCGGCAUGGAAGGAGCACAUUGCAGCAUCAGAGACACUCUGCCAUGUGGGGUUUUUUUUUUGUUCUUCCUUUUUUUUUUUUAAAUAGACUUCUGAUGUGAAAAAAAUUAAAAAAAAAAAAAAAGUUGUUACACUUUGCCAGGGUGUGACAGCGGGAAAAUACUCACCUAAUUUUAUACUUCACACGUUUUUAGAAAAUGAGGUGCAUUGACGGGAUUAUUUUCUUUUUUAAAUGGGGGCUUUGCUUUUUUCGCUUCCCUCGAGAUACAGAAAUAAAUAGAGGGAGGAAGGCCCUGUAUGUACUAUUAUGGGUUGUUUGGGUUGUUUUUUUUUUUAAUUGUGAUAAAUUGAUCAUGCAGUUGAGUAGCCGAUGAUUUGUAGUAAUAACAUCGUUUCUUUGUAUGUUUGUAAUAAUGGAGAUUUUAAAAGGGACGCUUUGAUUUGUACAAAACUCUGACGACUGUAAAAGUGUUUUAAAAAAAAAAUCCUCA